UUAAUACGCUGCAAUAUUAUGUUGGCAAACUGUGCCGCGCCGGUAAAACAUCAACUUGACACUUGUUGCUCGUAUAGCGCGCUUGUUGGUUAAGUAAUCGCGGAUUAGCUAGCGCUUGUACUAUUGUACUAGGUAUAUACCAAGAGGAGAAAAUAUUCCAUUUUGGCCUCCGAUUCACGGCGGCAUUCCUGCAUUUCAACGCAACUGGUCAAACCGGAAAAUAAUUUAUCGGAAUUUUUUUCUUCAUCUUCGUUGGAUUUUUCUUCCCGUUUUUUAUGAGAAUAUUGGUUAUCGUGUGGGAUUAACUGCUUAAUCAUGGAGUGGGUGUUUACUGCAGUUUCUUUAAUAUGUUCUUUGCUAAUUAUUCCAGCACAUGGCGCCACAGGUACUACCGUCUGUUAUUCCUGUGAAAGCGUCGCCGGUCUGGCGUGUGGACUGAGUCGAGGAUGGACGGCGUCCUACCUAGAGGCCAACACACAACUGUGUCCUGAGGGAGUAUGCUACACAUAUGUCAAGACUGCCCCCAGCAAGUCUCCGAUGGUGUACCGAGGCUGCGGUCAGUUGACAUGUGAUGCCCUGCCCGCCGGCUACAACACCUCCGACGUCUGCGAGAAGGACGCCGCCGGAGUACUGCGCGUGAAGAAGGUCGCCGCGUCCGAAGGGAUCUUCAACCAAUCGCGCACCUACAACUCGCAGCCGCCCAAUCGGGACUUUGUCACCAGUACACUGCAGUACUGUGAUUUCGACCGCUGCAAUAAUGGCGCCGUACAGUUCGUACAGCAAGAUCUACAAGCGGUCAGUGCGCAGCCGCCUACCAGCUGUAUCCAGUGCCGCAGUCAGGUUACGGAAGUGUGCGGUCUGAAAGGUGCCGGCGGUGGACAAGUGCAACAGGUGGCAUGCAACGCCGGAUACUGCUUUACAUACGUCAAGGCGGAGGCUGGUGCCGUACCGGUCGUUCUGCGCGGCUGCGGAGGCGUCCCCUGCAGCCUGAUUCCCGGUUCCGGCGGCUCUACGGUAUACUGUGAUGAGGCGGGCAAGCUGGUGCCGGUGGACACGAGCGCCGGCGGCCUGUUUAACCAGAGCCGCUCCUUCUACGUCCCUUUCGGACCCAACCAGGUCCUGCAGAGCGGCACGGUGCAGUACUGCAACAACGGACCCAACUGCAACUCGGGACCCAUUGCCUCAUUCCCCUUGAAGAACUACUACUACCUGGCCGAUAACGGCUCUGGAGCCAGCGGUGUGGCGGUGACGGUAGCGGCACUGCUGACGGGACUAUUAGUGACGCUGCUGUAAACGGUGAAUGCGUGUAUUUUUCAUACCUCUAUACGCUCUGUAUUAUACGUUCUUGUGCUGUUUAACUUUAUGCAUCUGUAUGUAAAUGUAUAAUACCCUUUCUUACCAUUAUAAUGUUCUUUAAUGUUCGCCAUUUCCCGUAAUCCAACUUCCGUACAUAUUGCUCAAACAUGUUCAGUGACUGUUAAGUUGUUAUUGCUCGUUAAAAAUAACUACUGUACUGUACCUGAUGUAUAUAUGUACGUGUACGUACAUUGUUCUUGGACGUCCUUGAUCGCCUUCCUGAAGCU